GGGGCCGGGUAGAGAGCCGGAGCUGGCUGGGGAGCAGCUGCGCAUCCGCGCCCACCCGGAGCCCUGCUUGUCCCGGAGCCCGACCCACAGCAGCCAUGUACAACUCCGAGAGCGGCUGGAGCCUGUCCUUCGCAGGCUGCGGCUUCCUGGGCUUCUACCACAUCGGGGUGAGUCGCUGCCUGAUGGAACGCGCCCCGCACCUCCUGCGAGACGCGCGCACGCUCUUCGGUGCCUCCGCCGGGGCGCUGAACUGCGUCAGCAUCCUCUGCGGGAUCCCACUAGACAUUACUCUGCAGGUCCUCAUGAACAUGGUCCAGAACAUCAGAAGAAGGAACUUCGGCAUCCUCCAUCCAUCCUUUAACCUCGGCAAGUAUGUCCGAAAGGCUCUCUACGAAAACCUCCCAGCCAAUGUCCACACACUCAUCUCUGGCAAAAUAUGCAUCUCGCUCACCAGAGUGUCUGAUGGGGAAAACGUGCUGGUGUCUGAUUUUCAGUCUAAAGACGAAGUCGUGGACGCCUUGUCAUGUUCCUGUUUCAUCCCUUUCUUUUCUGGCUUGAUCCCUCCUUCCUUCAGAGGUGUGCGAUACAUGGAUGGAGGAAUGAGUGACAAUAUACCCUCCAUGGAUGCCAAAACGACCAUCACUGUGUCCCCCUUCUAUGGGGAGUAUGACAUCUGCCCUAAAGUCAAGUCCACGAACUUUCUUCACGUGAACAUCUCCAACAAUAGUCUGCGCCUCUGUCUGGGAAACAUCUACCUUCUCAGCACAGCACUUUUCCCCCCAGAUUUCAAGGUGCUCGGAGAGCUAUGUCUUCGAGGAUAUUUGGAUGCCUUCAGGUUCUUGGAAGAGAAUGGCAUCUGUGACAGGCCCCAGCCGUGCCUGGAGUUAUCCUCACAAGAGACGGAGUCGGAGGUCUCUGAGCCCCUCCUGGAAAACCUGAGCCUGGAGUGUCCCCUGGGGUCAGUGGCCUCAGAGAUGAGGCUCGAGGAAGGUGAGCUGCUGGCCCACCUGCGCCUUAGCAUCCUGCCCUGGGACGACAGCAUCCUGGAGACCCUCUCGCCCAAGCUCACUCUAGCACUGAGCGAAGCAAUCAAACACAGAGGUGGGUACGUGAGCAAGAUCUGUAACUUCUUACCGGUUAAGAUAAUGUCCUAUAUGAUGCUGCCCUGGACCCUGCCUGUGGAGUCUGCAAUCGCCAUCGUCCAGAGUCUGGUGACAUGGCUUCCCAAUAUCCCUGAGGAUGUCCAAUGGCUACAGUGGGCGACCUCGAAGAUCUGUGCUCGGCUGGUGAUGUGUCUGCUCUCCACGUCCAGAUCCCAAAUACCACCAAGUGGCCAGUAGGCGUCCCCAUACAAACCAGACAUGACUGGCACUCUGGACUCCAGCUUCCCUGUGAACCUGGACACUGUCCCACGGACUGUCCAGGAGAGGCCAAAGUUGAGGUCACCCCACAGUUCAUCCUCAAGUCUGACCUGACCUUCUUGGGCAAAAAAGUAUCAGAUCACCCCCGUCUUCCCUGCUUUUCUGAAAACUCUGAAGAGUUUCUGAGCCAUGUGAAGAGAUGAGUCUGGAAAAUUUGUUCAGAGGUGCUAACCUUCUCCGAUCUCCAGGCAGCUACUUGUGCACUGCUGUGUGAUGACCGCAUGCCUGUGACACAUAGGAGCCCAGCCUCUGGGCUGAAAUUAUUUUAUUGAAACCAAAGGCAAUGGGUUUGGUUUUAUGAAAAGCAAGGACGUGACUGUUGAUGUAUGUGCGAAUCCAUCACUUAGUCCAUUGCAUUAAGGAAAUGCAAUAUUUGAGUGUCAGUUGCUCAGACGGAUGGGAACUGGCACAGAAAGCCUAGCAUGGAGGACUCCCCUGACUCUGUUUCAUAAUCCUGUUAAUGGUCAGACUAAGCCGGUGCAAGCUUCCUGGAAUGGCAGGGGCUGGUGUGCAGGGGCUGGCUGGCCUUGGUGCAGUCUGGGGGUGUGGAAAGAAGAAAGAAGCGUGACCCCUCUUCUCCCAUAGGAAGCUGUCGGUGCACUGGGAGGGCUGCAGAAGAACACCACCUGUCAGGUGACCUUAAAGGAUGACAACUUAUUUACAUUUUAGAACACCUUUUUCACCUAAGUAAAAUAAUUUUUAAAGAAUUUUGUAUUAAUAAAAUUUUAGGGCUUGG